GCAAGAUCAAGAUGUCGGAGAAGAGAAGAGUGGAUGGUGAAAUUCUUUAAGCUGUGUACAUAGUUUUCCUGUUGUGUAAAAUUCCCAUUAGUUAUUAUUAUAUUUUGUAUUAGGGAGUAAUAUAUUUAAUGAUGGCAGCUGUAGGUGCUUUAGGCCCAAAACCAGAAUUUAUUGUGAGUUGCAAAUACCGUUUAGUUCGAAAAAUCGGUAGUGGUUCGUUUGGUGACAUUUAUCUCGGGAUCAACGUCACGAAUGGAGAGGAAGUAGCAGUUAAACUUGAACCCAUCAGGGCACGUCACCCACAGUUACUAUACGAAAGCAAAUUGUACAAAAUAUUACACGGUGGUGUUGGUAUUCCACAUAUAAGAUGGUUCGGCCAGGAGAGAGAAUACAAUGUGUUAGUAAUGGACCUGUUGGGACCAUCACUAGAAGAUUUGUUCAAUUUCUGUUCACGUCGCUUCACCAUCAAAACAGUUUUGAUGUUGGCUGAUCAGAUGAUUGGGCGGAUAGAGUACGUCCAUUGCAAGUCUUUCAUUCACAGAGAUAUCAAGCCAGACAACUUUUUAAUGGGCAUUGGGAGACACUGUAACAAACUGUUCCUGAUCGACUUUGGUCUAGCAAAGAAAUUCAGAGAUACCCGUACAAGACAACACAUUGGAUAUCGGGAAGAUAAGAACCUAACCGGUACUGCUCGCUAUGCCUCCAUCAAUGCUCAUCUGGGUAUUGAACAAAGUCGAAGAGAUGACAUGGAAUCCCUAGGUUACGUCAUGAUGUACUUCAACCGAGGAAGUUUGCCAUGGCAAGGCCUUAAGGCAGCAACAAAAAAGCAGAAGUAUGAAAAAAUUAGUGAAAAGAAAAUGUCAACACCAGUUGAAGUUUUAUGCAAGGGGUUUCCAGCUGAGUUUGCGAUGUAUCUGAACUACUGCCGAGGGCUGAGGUUUGAAGAGGCACCAGACUACAUGUAUUUGAGACAACUAUUUCGCAUCCUGUUCCGAACGCUCAAUCACCAGUAUGACUACAUGUUUGAUUGGACCAUGCUGAAGCAAAAGAAUGCUAACUCAGGUGCAGGCAGUGUGGGGGCUGGUGCCACUGCGGGGGCAACAACAGGGGCCCCGGGCCUACCCACACCAGGUACGCUCAAAGACCGCGGAGAUAAGUAACUCCACCAUCACUUACCUGGGAAUCGUUAACAGGAAAAUGAAAAGCAGUGGUAAUCUACCUUCAACAUUAGCAACAAAAUGGAGGCUCGACCACCAUUUUGUGUUCAACCUAGUGGAAUGUGAAUUUAACCUUUGGGUAAUAGCGUUGGCCAGGUUAAGGAAUAUCACUUCCAAUCACUACAUUUCAAAGAUUCCUUUUAAGUGUGAGAUCUUUGUACUAAACUUUUUGUUUUUAAAUUUUUCAUUAAAUGCCACUGUUCCGAACUAUAUAAUUUUAAUGAUCAAGUGAAACUAUCGCGUUGUACAUUGUUUUAAAAAUAUACCUUAAAUAGAUAUUUCUUAUUCCAUCGCUUCUAUAUGUUAGAUACUGAAUCAAUAAUAUGGUAUGAAUUCAAGUGUUCAGUUGGUAGCCUCAUAAUUGUAAAAGCUAAGACCUAUUCUUUCCGACCAAUCCUUGACUGUUCAAAUGACAUUUUUAGGAAUGGACAACAUUUAAAAACCAAUAAUACUAAAUUUCAAAAUUCAACAUUAGGUAUCUAUUAAACUGAGAGAAAGUAAAUCUAACCGAUAAAUAUUAACUAUUUAUUUGAAAAUUCUUCCUAAAUCCAAUUCAUGAACCCCCACUCGUUUAUAAUCCAAAUAUAACUAUAAAUUAAAAAUAAUCAAAAAUGAAAUUUGAUAGAAAUAUUUAAGGUUUAUGUUCUACAUUAAACCAUUGCUAGUUAAAUUUAAAAUGUUUCUUGUUAGUUUUGUCCAUCCCUAAAAUUGUUUACACUGUCCGUUCUAUCGUUGUAUAUAUAUAUACUUAGGCUAUGCGACUCUUCCCCAUUUAUGAUAACAAUGCGGGUUGAGUCUUAUCGGCGAUAAUAUAUGAAUGAAUUAUAAUAAAGCACUUUAUAAGUUAAUAAGAUGGCGUUUUUGGUUUGUAGUUGUUUUGUAACACUUUGCUUUAUAAUUACUAUUAAGUUGCAUCAAGCCCCUCAGGUCAGAUUCAAUCUUUAUAAUCUGUUGUAAAUUAUUUUUCUCAGUUUGCUCUAAGAGUGUAAUUUUAUAUUUUGACUUUUCCAAAAAAAAAAAGAAAUGGAACACCCGCGUUCAACGGAAUUUAUGUCAACAUUAACCCCCAUAUGAAAACUAACGCUGAUCUUCAUUUUUUAUAAAAGUUGCACAUUAAAAGUCAACUGCUGAUAGCAAAUAGAAAACAAAGUUGAUCAUUACUCUUUCAUUGAUCUUUUACACCUUAUCUAAUUAACACUAGAGUUUCAUACGCAGUUAACACUUUCAAAUCUAACUAAUAAUAAUUUUCUAUUAGUUUUGGUAUGAAUCCAUGGACCUAGUAAUUUACAACCUAACUUUUAGAUUUUCUUGUGAGUAUUUGUCGUAGAGCAUAUUGAAAAGAUUGAUAAUUUUAUUGCAAUCUUAGUCGGCAAUGAGGCCACAAAAAUUGUAUCUCUCAUUCCACAUUAAUGUCUCAGUAAUUUUAAAGUUGGUAAACUCUAGAUACGUCUUUUUAAAACUGAUUUAACGAAAGUUUUUAAGGCUUAUGAAAAGGUUUUGCCUGGGGGGUUCUUUGUAUAAAAAAAAUAUAUUUACCUUUUUUAAAUUUUAGUAACUCUUAUAACAUAAUGUUGGAGUAACCAAAAAUCGGUUAAGAAUGUAAUGGAUUCACUUAGAGACCAGUCCUAGUAUGGCCAUAUUCAAAUGGGAUGUGAAGCUUGCACACAGCAGCAGGAAAACUUGUAACCAACCACUCACAAUGAGUAUCUACAUACCACUAAAAAGCAAAAGGUCAGGUGCCUAUAAAAACAAUACUUUCUCCAUAUAUGUAUAGGGGGAAAAAAGUAUAUAAAUUGGAUUUUACUCUUAAAAUUUUACCCAACAAGGGGGAUUGAAAAAUGUUGUCAUAAUAAUAAAUUAUACUCUUAUUUUGAGACAGCAAGUUUGGUGAAAGUGUAUAGUAGGUGUGUCCAAACUAUGUAAAUAGCUCAGGCCUAAAAACUGACUUGAGGGGCAAAUGAUUUUUUUUUUUAAUUACUCUGAAAUGAUUGUUAGGAAAUAAUUUUAUCAAAAGUAAAAAUAGAUUUAACAAACCA